GUUCCGCUCAUUCCUCCCGCAAAUGUUCGUUUAUCUGAACCGGAUUGUGCAGCCGUUUUCCUUAUGACGGAUUUUGUCCGGUAUAAGCAGUGGCUUCGGAAAUAUCAGUGCAGACGCUCGACGUUGAAGUAAACAAGGUUGAAGAAAGUAUCCGGAGUGAGGAAACAAGGCAGGGAGGAGGAUGACAUCUCGGAGGUGGUUCCACCCCAACAUCACUGGCGUGGAGGCUGAGAACCUUCUGCUUACAAGAGGAGUGGACGGAAGCUUCCUGGCCCGACCAAGCAAAAGCAACCCAGGCGAUUUCACUUUAUCCGUCAGGCGAAAUGGAGCGGUCACCCACAUUAAGAUCCAGAAUACGGGGGACUACUAUGACCUGUACGGAGGAGAGAAAUUUGCCACUUUGGCUGAGCUGGUGCAGUAUUACAUGGAACACCAUGGGCAGCUGAAGGAGAAGAACGGAGAUGUGAUCGAGCUGAAGUAUCCGCUUAACUGUGCUGACCCUACCUCAGAGAGGUGGUUUCACGGGCACCUUUCCGGUCGGGAAGCAGAGAAGCUGCUGACUGAAAAAGGCAAGAACGGCAGCUUCUUGGUGAGAGAGAGCCAGAGUCAUCCUGGAGAUUUCGUGCUCUCUGUACGGACCGGCGACGAUAAAACGGACAGCACCGACAGCAAACCCAAAGUCACCCAUGUCAUGAUUCGUUGCCAGCCUGAUAGUAAGUAUGAUGUUGGUGGAGGAGAGAAGUUCGACUCCCUGACAGACCUGGUGGAACACUACAAGAAGAAUCCCAUGGUGGAAACGCUGGGCACUGUUCUUCAGCUCAAACAGCCUCUUAACACAACACGCAUUAACGCAGCCGAGAUCGAGAGCAGAGUACGAGAGCUCAGCAAGCCGACUGAAGCCACUGAUAAAGUCAAACAGGGCUUCUGGGAAGAGUUCGAGACGCUUCAACAGCAGGAGUGCAAGCUGCUGUACAGCCGUAAAGAAGGCCAGCGCGUCGAGAACAAGAACAAGAACAGAUACAAAAACAUCCUUCCCUUCGAUCAUACGCGAGUAGUUCUCAAAGACGGAGACGCGAACGAGCAGGGCUCCGACUACAUCAACGCUAACAUCAUCAAGCCGGACAACAAUGCCAGGUUAAAGAAAAGCUACAUCGCAACACAGGGCUGCCUGCAGAACACAAUAAGCGAUUUUUGGAGGAUGGUGUUUCAGGAAAACUCCCUUGUCAUCGUGAUGACAACUAAAGAAGUUGAGAGGAGCAAGAGUAAGUGCGUAAAGUACUGGCCGGAUGUCUCAGCGCUGAAAGAAUACGGAGCGAUGCGUGUGCGCAACGUCAAAGAAACAUCAGCACAUGAUUACAUCCUACGAGAGCUGAAGCUUUCCAAAGUUGGACAGGCAAACACAGAGCGCACCGUAUGGCAGUACCAUUUUCGUGCCUGGCCUGAUCAUGGCGUGCCCUCUGACCCCGGCGGUGUGUUGGACUUCCUGGAAGAAGUCAAACUGAAGCAGGAGAGUAUUCCAGAGGCAGGACCUGUCGUGGUACACUGCAGUGCUGGGAUUGGACGAACAGGAACGUUCAUUGUGAUUGACAUCUUAAUAGACAUCAUCAGAGAAAAAGGAGUGGACUGUGAUAUUGAUGUGCCUAAGUCCAUCCAGAUGGUACGUUCACAGCGCUCGGGAAUGGUGCAGACGGAAGCACAGUACCGCUUUAUCUACAUGGCAGUUCAGCAUUAUAUCGAGACACUGCAGCGCCGCAUAGAGGAAGAGCAGAAAAGCAAAAUCAAAGGGCGGGAAUACACCAACAUCAAGUAUUCACUGUCAGAUCUGACCACAGGGGACCAGAGCCCUCUUCCUCCCUGCACACCUACGCCAACCUGUGUUGAUAUGCGGGAUGAAAGCUCCAGAGUCUAUGAGAAUGUGGGUUUGAUGCAGCAGCAGAAGAGUCACAGAUGAGGCUCUGACUCCAGCACUGUCCAGCUUUCAGCAACCAUUUUUUUGUUACCGCCAGCUGCACCAGAAUGCCUGAAAUGUGAUCAUCGCUACACAAAGAUGAAAAUCAUUGUAUGAAAAUGCUAAACAACUAAAGCAGAGACCAGUCUGUGAGGGCUCAAACUAGGGAAGGAGUAUAUUUAUUCAUCCUCCCUGCGAAGUAGCCUUUUCUCCCCCCUACGUUGAGAAACCACUGUGAACAUCAUGAAGCCUUACUCCUGAUGAUGGAGGCGGGAGAGAGCCCCUGCACAACACGAACUGAUCCGCUGUGGAGUUCUCCGCAAUCCAUUCAGGCUACAGUUAGCAAAAUGUAUAAAGAUUUUCCUGCUUUUCCUGUCUUGAUCAGAUCUUCAUGCAUCUUUUUCUUUAUUCUACGUUUUCUUUCUGUUUUUGCUUCUGUUCUGUUUUAAACCAAAGCAAGCUUAUGAUUAUCAAAGGAAAAAGGGCUGUGCUAGACACUCAGCCUCAACGUGUUAACCAUGUAUGUUUAUGGGAACAGUGCAUAAGGGACCCCUCUACACCCUUAAAGGAAUAUUCUUUCUCAAACCAGGGAUGCCUUGUAGUGCCCAGUGUGGAAUAUUUGUAUGAGUUCAUGUAUUUCCAUCCAGUCUGAAGUCUUGAUUCCUUUCACAGUGCAAUUCCAUGUUGAGAAAGAGAAAAUGAGGCUAAGCCAGUUUUCAGGAGAGACUUGAUAUGAAAGUUGUCGCCACUCAUUUAGCUCUUUGUCUCCAGACUUAAGGAAUUGUCCUGACUUGGAUGUUUCAAUAGUUUAAU